UACAUGCGACAGGAGGGAUUAUCGGGGACUUUUUAUGGUGUUGAUGAAAACUCACGUGUUUUACUUUGCGAGCUUUGUUGCUGUCUCUUGCUUCGAUCUCAUUAUUGUAUUCUCUCUAAAAUCAUCAUCGAGCCGAUAUCUCCUAGAAGACCAGACUUUGUAUGGCUUGUUGCAGAUUUUGGAGGUCGUGCAGAUUUUCAUGCUAGGACCACGGCUGAUCCUUGGCAUUCGAGAAUAUAAUGCUAAACUCGUGGCUGACUCCAACACAGCAACCGUCAUGACCUCAAUCGCUUUCCAAGAGCGUGUGCAUAUGUCGACUAGCAGUAGUGUGUAAUGCUCGGUAAAGUUGACGUGAACCGUUGUCUAGUAGCACGGGAAAUUUAUUUUUUGUCUCCAUUCCAAGCCUCGUUGCGGUGCUCAAGUAGCUAUUUAGUGUCAUUAUUUGAAUCAUUUGCUAUAGGUCCUGACGUUGACAAUGUUUCAACCAAU